AAGCCAGUCUGGACAGGCUGCAGAGCACAAGCUUCCAGUUAAACGACAUUCUGGACAAGGCAGAGCGAUGGGGAUGGGAAAAAGGAAGAAAGCAACAAAACUGAUGAGUGUUCUGACGCGUCAUGUUCCUGAACCUCAGCUAUAAAAGCCGUUCCGGCCUCUGCAGCCCAGCCCCUCUCCCUCCCCAGAGCUCACAGCUGCAGGGCUGGAGCCAGAUGUGGCCCGGGUCCAGAACAUCUGGGAUCCAAGAGACACAAGACGGCCUCUCGUGGCCUCCCAGGCUCUGAUCCAUGGAGAGACGCCCCACGGUCCUGCAGGUGAGCCUGCACCACCCCACGCUCGGCCCGGCCGCCUUCGCCAACGUCCCGCCGCGGCUGCAGCAUGACACCAGCCCGCUGCUGGUCGGGCGGGGGCAGGACGCCCACCUCCGGCUGCAGCUCCCCAACCUCUCCCGCCGACACCUGUCCCUGGAGCCCUACCUGGAGAAGGGCAGCACCCUGCUGGCCUUCUGCCUCAAGUCCCUGAGCCGCAAGAGCUGUGUGUGGGUCAACGGACUGAGGCUGACUUAUCUAGAGCAGGUCCCCCUGAGCCCCGUCACCAGGGUCUGCUUCUCCAGCGUCCAGAUGGUGGUCCGCUUGGAGGAAGGGACCUCCCUCAAGGCUUUUGUCUGCUGCUUCCAUCUCAGCCCCUCGCCCCUGAUUUACAGACCGGAGGCGGAGGAGACUGACGAAUGGGAAAGCCUCCCCCAGGAGCAGCCUCCCCCGGGGUCAGGGGAGCAGACUCCAGCUCACCUGGGCUUUCUCCACGGCCCUCCCCACACUCGGGACAGCCCUCUCCAGCCCAGCCCUGGAGAAGGAACAGAAAUAUAGCUCCCGAGGGAGUCCCCACACGGUGCCCUCGGCUAGCCCUGCCGCGAGAGCGAGGCUUUGCUGAAACUGGACUUAAAAUAUCUGAGCUGCAUCACGCGUGGUUGACAUGCGAGGCCUGCUGGCUGCCUCGCUCACAAUGAACCGAUUCUGCAAACACCGCACAGCCCGGGGAGGAGAAGCACCCGCCCCGGCCAGAGCUCUGCAAGGUAAUGGGAACCUCAUAUACUUUUAGAGGCCCUGAGGGGUUCUGGGGAGCCUCUCUCAGCAUUCCCCACAUCUCCCCGUCUUGUCUGACUAGGAGUUACUUUAUGUUGCUCAUUUUGUGCGCCGCUUAGGAGCGGGAGUUUGAGGUUGCACCAGGAAUGCGUGGACACAUGUAGCAAUUACGUCUGUGGUAGCUCGGGGUUACCUUCAGCUUUGAAAUACUCAGAGGCACUCGGGGCUUAGGGAAGCCUGCGUUUAAUAAACUGCAAGCGUUUCAUUAA